CGGUUAUUUACUCCGACUAUUCAAUCCGAAUUAACAAAAAGCGGACAAUUAUCCUACGCUUAAAUGGACAUAACUUUGUUAAGACAAGUCUAUAAAUAUUGUAAAAAAGGCUAUUGAGAUUGAUGCCUCAGUGAUCAGGAUAACUCUCUAAAAAAAUGUUAAGACACAAUAAUGCCGUGACGUCGCAAAACAGAGUAGCAGAUGAACCUGUAACUGCUGGAGUUGGAGAUGGAGGUCUAGAGCUCGAACCACCUGAAGAGGGCGCCACUCUCGAAAACCCGCCAAAUAGAGAAUGUCGAACUUGGUUAAUAGUUCUUUCAUGCGCUUUGAUAAAUGCGUUGCUAGGCUUUAUGGAGAUGGUUAUAGCCGUCUCUAUUCUCAAAAUGUCGUCUGAUCACGGAACUAACGAAAUACUACAAGCAGAAAUUGUAUUACUGUUCGUGGCACUUGUUAAUGUGUAUGCUCCACUGGGUGCAGUUGUUAUGAUUCAUUUUGGUUACCGGGCAACAGUUUGUAUUGGAGCCGGUAUCGUCAUGGUAGCCGUUAUCGCGCUAUCUUUUCUUAAAGAGGACGACGAACACGCUGUAAAGUUCUUUCUUUAUGGACCCGCACCAAUAGGCAUGAGUUUCAUCAAACUAGGCGCAUUGAUCCCAGUGUUAGAAUACUUUACAACACAAAGAAUGAAAGCGUUAUUCUUAUCAAGACUUGGGACAUAUGCUGCACAGAUUAUCUUUUUUCUCAUACUAACACUAGAUUCACCUGACAUUAAUUGGAGGGCUUAUUUCAGGGGCUGCACAGGGUUCUGUAUCGGAAUUGGAUUGCUCGGCUUAACGCUACAGGAACUUAAACUCAACAUGAAAGAUGGAACAGGAACAUUUGUUGCAAGGACCCUUGGUGUUGGAAGUAAACAAAUUCUUAAGAACGCACUAUUUUGGUCAACAUGUGUUAUAUUUUUCUUUUACCAAUGGGGCAUUGAAACGCCUCAAGUUCGUUUCGCCUCACUUCCUAAACGCAAUGAAAUAGAGAUAAAACGUGCGGGGAAUCUCGUGUUCACAUUAAGUCCGACCACCGGAGAACUAUUUGGAAUGUUUUUAGCAUGGAUAUUCAAGAAAGUUUACUAUAAGAAAGAGAGCCGAUUGCACUUGCGAACGUUGAAGGCAGACCGCAUGAAAGUAGUUUUUCGUAUUUCAUUUGUGGCAGCAUUUAGUAUGUC